UAAAAUAGUUCUCACUCAGUAAGUAGUGGUCAACGAUUGUGAGAUCAGCGGUGUUCGAAUCUAGUGGCGGCCAUGGAGCUAACAUAAUGCUGGUUCUGGUGGUUUUGGCGCUGUCGGGCCUCAUACUGCCCGGGGUCACGGCUUUCUUCUUGCCGUCGACGCUCGUGCCCGGGAACUCUUACGCUUUCUCGUUGAUCGGCUACCUUGGGUUCGGGGUCGGGCCAUGGCACGCCUUCUACGCCCUCUCGCCAUCCACCUUCUUCAACAUCCGGCCGAUGGAGGGCUCUUGGGACGUUGUUGUCCCGCAAAUCGGGCACCUCGCCGAUCUCCGCAAUGUCACCGUCAAGUGGGCAGGACCGCUCCCCGGCCGAGAGGCCAUCCCCAAAGAAGUCGGCUUUGCUCUCGCUUACCGCAUGAUAAACCAGUCGUACCUCUACCACAUGCAUCAAUGUAAUUGCCGUCACUACACAGAUUACCUGUUAUAUGGAAGGACAUUUGGUAGAUCAUACGAUAUUGCGUAUAUGCCUAUCAGAGACAACUGCCCAUUGCACCGUCUACUGAAUAGCACAACAAACGUCAAUUCGCCUUCAUUCAAACUGUACGAUAAACUUGGUAACUCCUAUCCAUUAGGGCCUCCAUGGAACUCAUCUAGCAAUAGCCAUACAGUAAAUCAACAAAGCUUGCCUACCUCACCUAAUACUUGGCGACCAGGUUCACGUCCAGGCGGUGGCUCACCAGGUCUCACACAAGGACCACGUCCAGGUGGUGGCCUACCAAGUUCCCCAUCAGUUUCCUCACCAGUUUCACCACUAGGUUCCACACCAGGUCCACGUCCAAGUGGUAGCCCACCAGGUUCCCCACCGGUUUCCCCACCAGUUUCCCCACUAGUUUCCCUACCAGUUUCCCCACCAGGAUCCACACCAGGUUCAAGUCCAGGUAGUAGCCCACCAGGUCUACGUCCAAGUGGUGGCCCACCGGGUUCCCCAUCAGUUUCCCUCCCAGGUUUUACGCCAGGUCCACGUCCAAGUGGUAGCCCACCAGUUUCCCCACCAAGUUCCCCACCAGGUUCCCCACCAGGUUCCCCACCAGGUUCCUCACCAGGUCUACGUCCAAGUGGUGGCCCACCAGGUUCCCCAUCAGUUUUCCUACCAGGUUCCACACCAGGUCCACGUCCAAGUGGUAGCCCACCAGUUUCCCCACCAAGUUCCCCACCAGGUCUACGUCCAAGUGGUGCCUCACCAGGUUCCCCAUCAGUUUCCCAACCAGUUUCACCACCAGGUCCCACACCAGGUCCACUCCCAAGUGGUAGACCACCAAGUUCCCCACCAGAUCCACAUCCAAGUGGUCGCCCAUCAGGUUCCCUAUCAGUUUCUCCAUCAGUUUCCCUACCAGGCUCCCCACCAGUUUCCGCACCAGUUUCUCCACCAAGUUCCCCGCCAGAUCCCAAACCAAGUUCCUCACCAGGUUCUCCACCAGGUUCCCCACCAGGUCUACGUCCAGGUGGUGGCCCACCAGGUUCCCCGCCAGGUCCACGUCCAGGUGGUGGCCCACCAGGUCCACGUCCAGGUGGGGGCCCACCAGGUUCCCCACCAAGUCCACAUCCAGGGGGUGGCCCACCAGGUCCACGUUCAGGUGGUGGCCCACCAGGUUCCCCACCAGACCCACAAGAACAUCCCGAGGUUUUCCUGUAGGUCCUCUGGGCCCACAGUUCAGAUCUCUCCCACCUUAUGAUCGGGGACCAAGUCCAGGGAAUGGUCCUACAUCUGCUGCGUCGCCUCGGCCGUCCAGCCCACUCCCAAAACUAGAACGUCAGCAAAAUGAAGAUGCUUCGAGUCCUUUGUUAGAACUCACACCAUCUAAUGUAAUUGGUCAAUGCUACGACCCACCUCGGCUACCUUGGAUGAAUUAUUUAUCUUCAUAUUUUCUAGAAUUUACAGCUCAUGGUUUGCCAGUUAAACUAAGACUGACCGACGUAUGCAUGCGUGUAUGUAACAAGGUGGAGAAAAAGUGCUGGGUGGGUCCACACCAUUUCGCGG